UGCCCCGCCCAAUACGAGUGAUCUAACGCCGUUCAAACAUUCCACAGCACGGUGGUCGAUGCAGAGUUGCUCCGACGACUUGUGUGUCUCCUCUUGUCGCCCGACUUACGGCGUACCGUUGUAUCGCCGAAGGGAAAGUGGCCGUCGACGACGCGAGGAAGGGUGAAAGAAAAAGAAACGCCAUUGAGACAAUAAGCGAGUAACAAGGCUGUUAACGUUGUGACAUGUCCAUUCUAGACGAGCGCGAAGAAUAUCUGAAGAAUCCGUAUUUUAAAGAGCGCGAAUACGGCGACUUCACAGCAUUCUAUGUCACAGUGGCUUUCUGCGCCGUCCUGGGCGGAUUUCUGUUUAUCCUGAACAUCGUGUUCUGCUGGUGCUCGCGACACCGUGAAUAUUGGCAGAAUCGCCACUCCGGCAAUAGGUGGAUCCAGCCCCUAUGGACUGUACUGCCGCAUAAAACGCCGCCGCUUGACCUCAGCGAGUUGGAGCCCAGUCGCAUCAAGUACCCUCAAGUGAGGCACGAGAUUAUUCAGUACCACGAUUCCGAGUCCCAGGGUGCCACGCCGCAGCCGCAGGAGUACAUGGAGAUGCAAAAGCGCGAGAGUGAGAUCUAAAGUAGCUGGCAGCACCAACCUAGCGAGCAGUGGAAAACAGUAGUAGCAACACCCACGCUUAAGGAAACACGUUCAAAGUCAAAGAGUUUAAUUGAGCCCAAUAGAGUCUAAUUAACCCUUUGCACUCAUUUAAUUGCAUUGUGAAGUCUCUGACUUGGCUGCCUCGUACGCUGAAACUUUCACUUCCACCAAUAUUAUUUUCACAUUGCCCUGCUUAUACGUAAAAAUAAUUUUUAUUUUUUUACCAGACCGUUUGUACAAUCAAAAAGAAAUUAAUUAAGACACUGUAGCGACUUGCUCCGCAAGUUGUGUUUCGAUAAUUGCACGCAACAUUAGUUGCAAAUAGACGAUAA